CCCUCUCUCUCUCUUUCACUAACUCUCUCCCUCACCACUCUCCCCCUUUUAUUAAGUUUCAAGCGUCCCUUCCUCCUGAACCGAACAACACACACCAAACAGAGGACUGGACGGAAAACAGACACUGGGUCUCCUGGACCUGCCUUCCCGUCUUCUCAUUUUAUCAUUACCUUACUGCAUCUGCCCUCUGCUUAAUUGUAGCUCUAUUCACAUCUCUUCCUCUCAAAUUCCAGCAUUCUGGACAUUUAUUUUUACUCUUUUCAUUCUGACUACUUUUGCUCAAUUUACCCAUCAUCACAAGAUUGUUGAUAGCUGUAACUCUAUUUUUUCCACGACCAAAUCUAGAAUCUCUUCAACUUUAGCCUCUCCUCAGUUUCUGUCUUGACCUCUGUUAGAUCUUUUCAUCUAUUGUUUGCUGCCUCAUCUUAUCCUAAGUUUGUUUCCUUGUCGUCCUGGUCGGGCCUGGACAGUUGAGAUCAGUAUGUGGUCCAACUUCUUUGUGCAGCAGGAUGAGGACGGUCGCAUCGGGGUGGCAGGGGCUGGACAAGGUGUGGGACUGGGUGGAAUAAAGGGUGGAAGGGGACAGAGGCGGACCCACAAAAUGAGUGACAGCCAGGAGGGGAAGAUCAAGCUAGCCUUCUUUGUCGCCAUCAUUGGUGUGACCCUGACAGUUUUGGGCAUGGGGACAGAGUUUUGGGUGGUGCUGGCCCAACCAAAGAAUUUCAUCGGCAACCAGACCUGCCAGAUGGCCCACUACGGCCUGUGGAAGGGCUGCAUCCGCACCCUAUGGGUGGCUGACAUUGACCCAGAGAGGACGAGCUGUGGCCCUGCUGAACUACCUGGAGAAUCCAACUGCACCUACUUCAAAUUCUUCACCUCCGGGGAGAAUGCAGUCAUAUUCAAGAAGACGACUAACAAGAAUCUGAAUCUUGCAGCAGCUAUCUUGGCCCUUUUGAGUCUGACCAUGAUGGUCACGGGCUCCAUCUGUAUCGCCAUGUCCCUGAGCAAAGGAGUGCCCUUCUUUCUCAAGCCCGCCGCUUUUUGUUUCAUCCUGUCAGGUGUGCUGGUCCUUCUCUCGAUCCUGAUAUUCCACCAGUCCGUGCUGGCCUUGUUGUCCAGUAACCACGCCGUGCCCUUACACCAUGAGCUGUCCUGGUCAGUGGCCUGUGUGGGCUCAGCGGGAGCCACUCUUAUUUUCGGAGGUUUCCUCUUCAUCAUCCUCUCUCUUCCUUUCAGCCCCUGGCAGAAAUGCUUGCCACACAAGAAUAGCACCACCUAGCACUCGGAGGCUGAAACGUAUGCAGUAUUCUUGAUUUUUUUCUUGAGAGUAAGUUAAGUAUAAAAGUUCCUGAGGGCUGCAACAUUGAGAGUGCUCUUGGCAUUUCAUUUGCCAGAGAAGUCAUAAGAGGUCUUAAUCAAACAUUUGAAGAAAAGUCAUAGCAACAAUGAGGAAGACCCCUUGAGUUAGGUAAAAAAAAUUGGUGGUGUUUUUAUUUUUAAUUUUGAAUUAUUAUUGUUUUAAAGUUAAAAACAAUUGGAGGGUUUGACAGGGCUAUACAAAUGACUAUUUAAUUGUUUUAAGAUCUAUGGUUUGCUUACUUCAACAACAGUCUAACAAAUCUUUCUGCUGGCAUAAGUAGAAUGUUUUUUUUUUUAAUGUUGAAACACUUAUUAUAGAACUUUUUGCAAUCUCUUGAUUAUGAAAUCCCAUUUCUGCCAAAAAAGAAAACCUGAAAGCUUAGUUACAAAUCUUUCAAAUUAAAUGACCACAUAUGAUGUUUGUCCAUGCCCUCCAGAACAUGACACUGUUGCAGCGUUUUUCGGAUGAAUCCACUGGAUGAAACAAUUUGUCUGUGUCUGUUUAAACUGUAAUCAAUCACAGUUGAAGGACUAAUCUGUUUUAUGAAACAGACAAAGUUUUCCUUGUAAAAAAAAGUCUGAUGGUAUGGUUGACCCAUCCAUCCACUCCAACCUCUUGUUGCUGUACGACACUCAUCUAACUUCCUCUGCUGCUCCCGUCAUAACUACCAUGACUGCUGGAGGACUUUGUAUUUAUUUUCUUAUCAUGCACAACCUUUUUUUUUUUCCUGGCAGAAAUGGCCUUCCAUAGCUAAGAAUUCCUAUGCACCAUCAGGAUGCAUCACCAUCAGUGUGGCAAAACAAAACCACACAUAACAUUUUUGAUGAUAUUAAUAAUCAGUAUGGAGGAUUACUUUCAAAUAACUUGUCAUACCCUCUACAUUUUAAUAUGUCAGUAGAGUGUCAUCAAUAUUCUAAGUUCUACACCCCUUUUUUUUAAAAACUCUUAAUAUUUGAUAAACAAGAGGCUUUGGUUGUCAUUAUUUAUUGGUUGUGUGUUUUACAACUAUUGGGUGAAUGCUGCUUCAGUAUGCGAAUCUAAGAUGAAUGAAAUCAAUCGUGAGAAGAGAUUAAAAUACCAUUUUGUAUAUCAGAGAAUUGUAUGGAAUCACUUAAUAAGCUCAACUCUGUACAUAAAAUUAAUGUUUAUUUUUGUGAAUGGUCUCUGUCUGUUCAGUUGCAUCAGUCAGUUAAUCUGCAAUGUCUGAAGUGGAUACACUUUAUUUGUGUCAUGUGCUCAACUUCUCUCCAACGAGAAAUGCUAUUUUACAGAAUAUGCACUGUGCUUAGUUCUUUUCACGUGUAUGUACAAUAUGUCACACUAGUUCUACUGUUCAUUAAAGGGAUUUGACAUACAAUAA